CGUUGAUGAUAACGUUGACGAUAAUGUGUUGAUGAUACACGUUGACAAUAGCGUUGAUGAUAAUGUUGAUGAUAAUCGUGUUGAUGAUAGCGUUGAUGAUAACGUGUUUAUAAUACAUGUUGACAAUAACGUUGAUGAUAACGUUGACGAUAACGUGUUGAUGAUGAUACACGUUGAUGAUAAUGUUGAUGAUAAUGUGUUGAUGAUACAAGUUAAUGAUAAUGUUGAUGAUACACGUUGA